AUGACCCCUAGAAGCUCCGACUCGAUCUCCACGGGCACCCUCACCCUGUUAUUCUCCGAGAGAGGCCCUCUACUCCUAAUUCAGGACCCAGAUCUUGCGUCUGAAAGGGCAAGCACACUUGUGCCACCACUCUUCGCCCCACGGCUGCAGCUACACUGCUCGCUCGUACGCAUAUUUUGCGCCAUCGUACUGGAACCAAGGAGCUGCGAAAGUUAUUCCGGCUCGCUGCUCGGAGCCCAAAAUGAGUCGUCGCUGGAAGGAAAGAUCCCAGUUCAACGUGUUGGAGUGGACCCAGGCGGUGGCUUUAGUGGCGCCAUCUGCGAUGUUGACUAUGCCUCUGCUAUUACUCAUAUUCCUGACAUUCCCAAGCUCCCAUCGAAUAUCCAUUGCCGAGCGAAGAAAAUGCCCACUGUCGUUGAGGGUCGAGACAAAUCUAAACUUAUUUUCUCACUCGGAAAUCAUGAGCCCCCAACUUCAACUUGCGUAAAUGUUACAAAAUAUCUCGAGUUACAAAAAAAUAUCAACACGACUAAGGAGCUAGCUAUACUUGAGACUAGAGAAGACGAUCGUAGGAUCGGAAGUACAUCUCGCAGCUUAGAAGCUAUCAAAACCAGGAGAGAAAAAUACAAAGAAAAAUACUACCGAAGCAAAAGCGACCGAUCAGGAAAGUUGCCUGAUUGA